GCAAAAGAUGUUGCUUACUGUCGGCUGUUUUUUUUAUUCAAUCCGUGUAUGUUAUGUGAUGUUUAGCAUCGUUUUCAGCGCCGCACCCAUCUUUUUUUUUUAAAUUGGUGACUAGCCACCGGAGCUAACCGAAGCUAAUGUUGGGCAGCAGGUGUAACGAUGAUUAAGAAGACUGAAACCGGCUUCAAGCAUGCAUAGAUUGCAGCUUAAAUCAUUUAAGUUUUAAGGAAAAAACAAUCACAUUUGGAGCACUGCAAAUGCUGAGGCGCUCUCAGGUUUGUGCCAUAUAUUUUAAAGCCUGUAAUCAGUUAUAGUCCGGCGGCGGCGUUCUGAAAAUGACCGGCGAGAAGAUCCGCGCCCUGCGAAAGGACCACCACCACCACCACCACCACAAAACCAACAAAAACGACGACGUCACGGACACCUACGACCAGACUCCAAACGGGAACCAUUUAAAAUCCAACAAGGCUUUCCAUAAGUUAGCCAAGCCGUCGGCACUGCAGCAGAAUCUCAAUGCAAAAAACAUCAAUGAGAAUUCGUCGUCACUGGGUUCGAUUGUGGACGAUGACAACAAGAACCCGAUCAUCCUGACAAGUGAGGACUCGGAGUUCCCCGUGCACGAGUGCGUGUUCAAGGGAGAUGUCCGCCGGCUCUCCUCUCUCAUCAGGACCCGCAGCAUCUCUCAGAAAGAUGUACACGGGAAUACACCUCUUCAUCUUGCUGUGAUGCUGGGACACAAAGAAUGUGCGCUGCUGCUGCUGGCUCAUAAUGCGCCUGUAAAGAUAAAGAACGCACAGGGAUGGAGCCCCCUAGCAGAAGCCAUCAGCUACGGCGACAGACAAAUGAUCACAGCAAUACUACGAAAAUUGAAGCAGCAGUCCAGAGAGAGCGUGGAGGACAAGAGGCCGAAACUGCUGAAAGCUCUCAGGGAGCUUGGAGACUUUUACCUGGAGCUUCACUGGGAUUUUCAGAGCUGGGUGCCUUUGUUGUCCCGGAUGCUGCCAUCAGAUGCGUGUAAAAUCUACAAACAGGGAAUCAAUAUCAGACUCGACACUACCCUUAUAGACUUCAGUGAUAUGAAAUGUCAGCGUGGUGAUCUCAGCUUCAUCUUCAAUGGUGAUGCGCCACGUUCCCAGUCCUUUGUGGUUCUGGACAACGAAGCAAAAGUGUACCAAAGAAUACAUCAUGAGGAGUCUGAGAUGGAGACUGAGGAAGAAGUGGACAUUCUCAUGAGCAGUGACGUCUACUCAGCAACUUUAUCGACCAAGUCCAUCACGUUCUCUCGCAGUCAGAUUGGCUGGCUCUUCAGAGAGGACAAAACCGAGCGAGUUGGGAACUUCCUGGCCAACUUCUAUGCGGUGAACGGUCUGGUGCUUGAGUCGAGGAAGCGGCGUGAACACCUUAGUGAAGAAGACAUCUUGAGGAACAAAGCCAUCAUGGAGAGCUUGAGUAAAGGAGGCAGUAUCAGUGACCAAAAUUUUGAGCCCGUGAGAAGGCAGUCGCUCACAGCUCCAGCACCAAACACCAUUUCCUGGGAGGAGUACAUUGCUGCAGAGCACGGAAAGCCGCCUCAUCUUGGAAGACAGCUUGUGUGCAAAGAAAGCAAGAAGAACUUCAAAGCCACUGUAGCCAUGAGCCAGGAUUUCCCGCUAGGCAUUGAGUCGCUGCUGAAUGUGUUGGAGAUCAUCGCCCCGUUCAAGCACUUCAGUAAGCUCAGAGAGUUUGUUCAGAUGAAACUUCCGCCUGGAUUUCCAGUUAAACUCGACAUCCCCGUCUUCCCCACCAUCACAGCAACCGUCACGUUUCAGGAAUUCCGCUACGACGAAUUUGACAAGUCUUUUUUCUUCAUCCCUGAGGAAUACAAGGAAGAUCCCAGCCGCUUCCCUGACCUAUGAGGAGCAGCAGUAGGAUAACGGCCGAGUAGCAAAACUGAGGAAUCAUGUACGCGUUUAUGAAGGAAACCCAACUGCCGAUCAGUUAUUGUCAUUUUGACGACGGAUCCAAAGCAAACCAAUGCAGU